GUAUACAUGUGCCUCUGUCGGAAUUGAGACGCUAUCUAAUUCCGAGAAUCACAAGCGGCGGCCCGUCUUCUUCUUCCGGGGUUCCUCUUUCUCGGGGCUCGUAGCCGUGUUUCAAAUGAGAACCUCAACCCUAAUCGCUAGCUCCGCUUCCUCCUCCUUCCGCUCCGCCAUACGGUCCAAGCGGCCAUUCCCUUCCCUGAGUCCCUCCUUUCUCGCCUUCACCGCCUCAGCUCCUCUCCGCUCUCUGGGGUUAGGCCUUCGUGGACCCAAUCCGUCCUUCUGCAAACCCUUCUCCUCCCCAUGGUCCUCAGCUGCCGAGGCCGCCGAGGACCCCGCUGACUCCUCGGACGACACCGUCGAGGAGUUGCUUAACCGAGGAGAGGACCGCAUCCACCAGCUGAUGAAGAUGGAACGAAGGUCCGAACCCGAGGGCGGCAGCCACCGCGGCCGGUGGUUCCCUUACCGCGACCUCUUCAAAUCCGGGAACGCGGCACUCGGGAGCCGCGAGGUGAUAGCGGCGCUCGACCCCUACAUCCUGGACGCUAGGAAGGAGAGGAUCCGUAGGGCGGUUGAGAACCGGAGCUAUUCCGUGUGCUUGGUGGUCGAAGGGCUUACGGAUUUUGGGAACGUCUCGGCGGCGUUCCGGUCGGCGGAUGCGCUUGGAAUCCAGUCGGUUCAUGUUAUUUCAAAGGACAGCAGGAAAAGGUAUCGAGACAAUCGCCAUGUUAGCAUGGGUGCUGAGAAAUGGUUGGACAUUGAGCUCUGGAAUUCACCUACAGAUUGCUUUACAGCUUUGAAAAAUCGUGGUUAUCGAAUUGUGGCAACUCAUUUGGGGAUUCAUGCGGCUUCCAUCUAUGAGAUGGAUUGGUCACUUCCAGUCGCAAUAGUUGUUGGAAAUGAACACAUGGGUAUAACUGAAGAGGCUUUGCAGCUAUCUGACAUGCACUGUAGCAUUCCGAUGAAAGGAAUGGUUGAUUCUUUCAAUGUUUCAGUUGCAGCAGGCAUACUCAUGCACCAUGCUGUUUGUGAUAGAAUUUCUCGUCUGGGUUGCCAUGGGGAUUUGACAUCUGAAGAAAGUCAGAUUCUGCAAGCAGAAUUUUAUUUGCGCCACAGAGAAACUACCAUUGGGAUUGUUCAUGAGUAUGCAAAAAGGAUGGAAGGGCUCCUAGGCAAGCAAUGAAAGCACUAGUUGAGCAAGAUGACGGAACUUAAUCUUGAACUGGACAAGUACCCAGAUUUACCUUCCGCUAGAGUUAUUCUUCCAAGCUCGCAGUGUUGAUGCAAUCUCUAUUUGGAGCUACUGAUGUCAUGGAUUUGUGAGAGGCUUCCAUAUGGCAUCUGUUGAUUGUGCAAGCAUGAUGAUGUAUGCAAAUUCCACUUACCAGAGGUCAAAAUUUUGCUCCUGAAACGGGCAACAAGUACAUUUUUUCAGCAAAAAUGUUAUAUUCCCUUCUAUUACAUCAAUCAUCAAUAUAUGCAUUAGCAUGUUGUGAAAAUUUCUGUUACAAAAAAACAUAAAGUCACCAAUUCAUGGGAGCUUUCUUGUCUCAGUUUGAAUUAUGAACAAGAAAUAUUCUCUCAUAUCUGAUGCUCCAGAUGUGACUUGUUCAAUCAUUUAACUGCCUGAAGGCAGAUUGGUUGUUUGUUCUUUUUCAAUUGUAGCUUAUUCUCAAAAUUCUUAUUUCUCUUUCUUAAGAUUAGAUACAUUGAAGGAAUCAUACACCAUUUUAUUGCAAUGGAUUUUGUGUUCUUUAUGUUUUCAAGAAGAUUCUUUGACUAAAAUUUCUACAUAUAUUGAAGACAGGUACUCCAACAAUUUACGAUGACCUGAGAGCCCAUGCUUGUUCCAACAUUGCGCACCCAAAAGAGCCCUGUCCCUGCACGAGACCAUGGAAGAUGCAGCAUAAGAAAGGUCAAGUCAGUUUAAACAAGCAUCACGUACCAGAGAAAGGUUUCAAACUGAAGCAGCCUUUCAUGACCCGUGAUCUAAUUACGGAAGACAAUGCCACAAUGCAACAAGGAGAAGAAGGGUAGUUGGUAGAACCAGGUGACACAAAGGGGUGACCUGAGAACACAGACGAAGUGGCAAGUCUCGGUUUGGCACUUGAUUCUGUGUUCUCCGGUAGCACUCCUUUGCGAUCUACCUCUUUCAUCUGUGCAAACAACGCUGGCCAUGGUCGUGGAGAAGGAACUUUGAUCUCUCUCUCUCUCUCUCUCUCUCUCUCUCUCGACACAUAAUCUGUUUAGUUACUUGCGGUGGACGUUCUGCUUCGGUCUUUCCUGAUACCCUUUAUAUAUCGGCUGUUGACAGAUCAUUGGGUUGUCAUAGUGUUGACAUAUUGACGACACUCGGAAGGUGUCGUCACUUUCCAAGAAAAACAAAGAAAAUACGAUCUUGAUGUCAGGAAAUAAAUCAAAAUUUUCA